GGAAAGAAAGGGACAGACAGACAGAAAGAGCCAGGGUCCUGAAGCAGCCUGACAUCCUGAAAGUUUGAGUCCCAUCUUGAGAGUCUCUUCUAAAAGGCCAUAUGUAGCCUGGUACGGAAGGCACAGGAGGACAGGAAGCUGCUGCACACUGCUGCCUCCCUUUGUCUCUGAGAAAAGAUCAUCUUACAGUGGUAAGGGGUGCCUACUAUCUGUGCCCUGCAGACAGUGCCUGCUGACACCAUCAUGCCAAGCCGGAUACCUGUCCCUGUGCUCUACUGCUUCCUUCUCCCCUGGGCAUUCACCAUCCUUCACAAAGCCUUGGGGAACCCGGCCCUCCACCCGGGUCCCCACUAUCUCCUGCCCCCCAUCCAUGAGGUCAUUCACUCUCGUCGUGGGGCCACGACCACACUGCCCUGCGUCCUGGGCACCUCGCCUCCCAGCUACAAGGUACGCUGGAGCAAAGUGGAGCCCGGGGAACUCCGGGAAACGCUAAUCCUCAUCACCAACGGAAUGCACGCCCGGGGCUAUGGGCCCCUGGGAGGACGCACCAGCUUGCGGAGAGGGCAUCGGCUAGACGCCUCCCUGAUCAUCAAGAAUGUGCGCCUGGAGGAUGAGGGCCGGUACCGCUGCGAGCUCAUCAAUGGCAUCGAGGACGAGAGCGUGGCACUGACCCUGCGCCUAGAGGGUGUGGUGUUUCCGUACCAACCCAGCCGGGGCCGCUACCAGUUCAAUUACUUCGAGGCGAAGCGGGCAUGUGAGGAGCAGGACGGACGCCUGGCCACUUACGGCCAACUGUACCAGGCGUGGACCGAGGGGCUAGACUGGUGCAACGCCGGCUGGUUGCUCGAGGGCUCGGUGCGCUACCCUGUGCUCACCGCGCGCGCACCAUGCGGCGGCCAAGGACGGCCAGGCAUCCGCAGCUACGGACCCCGCGACCGCAGCCGCGAUCGCUACGACGCCUUCUGCUUCACCUCGGCCCUGGCAGGCCAAGUGUUCUUCGUGCCGGGGCGGCUGACGCUUUCUGAAGCCCACGCGGCUUGCCGGCGGCGCGGAGCUGUAGUAGCCAAGGUCGGGCACCUCUACGCCGCCUGGAAGUUCUCGGGGCUGGACCGGUGCGACGGAGGCUGGCUGGCGGACGGCAGCGUUCGCUUCCCCAUCACCACGCCGCGGCCGCGCUGCGGAGGUCUCCCUGACCCCGGGGUGCGCAGCUUCGGCUUUCCCCGGCCCCAGCAGGCGGCCUACGGGACCUACUGCUACGCCGAGAAGUAGGAGCGCACUGCCCGGCCACGCGCGACAGAGUGGCGGAUCCCCUCUAGACAGAGGAGGGCCGAGCCCCACACCUGCCUUUCCAGGCCAGCGCGGCGCUCCGGGCUUCCGGGUAGAGGGGCGCCCCGGGCAUUAACUGACCAAUAAAAUAACAUGGCAUCUCUUCUGUUCGAUAA